GCAGAGGGCAGCACGGGGACAGUCCCCGAGGCUGAGCGGGGAGGACGGACAGACGCCCGGAAGGGGACAGAGGGACAGCCACCCGCGCUUCCAGCCCUACGGUGGGCCCCACCCCCCACCCCACCAUCGCCCUUUUAAAACCUCUCCCCUCCCAUUAAUCCCGUAGCGGAAGCUGUUCUGACGCGCGGGUGGGUGGGGACAACCGGUUCUCGGGGUGGUCUGUGUGCGGCCUGGCCGCCGCCAUGUCGGCCGCGCUGGACCUGAGAUCGAAGGAGGAGAAGGACGCGGAGCUGGAUAAACGUAUCGAAGCGCUACGGAAGAAGAACGAGGCCCUUAUUAAGCGUUAUCAGGAGAUCGAGGAAGAUCGGAAGAAAGCAGAGCAGGAGGGAAUCGCGGUGACGGCUUUGCGCCGGGCGAGGCCAGCUGAUGCUGAGCCGGAGAGGAGAUGGGUGGACAAGGAUCUCUCCAUCACUGUCCAGGUUAUGCUCUCCCCUGGGGAGAAGCACGUGGUGAAGGACAAGAAGCCGUUGGGCACCCCAAAACCUGACCGCAGUGCUGCUCCCCGCGGCUCAGGGCAUGCCGGCCUGCGUCCUUCUGGCCGUUCCCCCUGGGGGGAACCCCCCACCGAGCCAUUUUGGGAGGGGGCUGGGGGUGACGGCAUGAUCCCGGCAGAGCGCAGUGGCCAGGGACGGCGCUCGUGGGGCCGGGGGGUGGCCAGCAUGGUGAUGGGGGGUGACACUGGUCCUGACCGAAAGUCCAAGGAGUGGGAAGAACGACGGUGGCAGAACAUCAAGAAGAUGAAUGAGGAGAUGGAGAAGAUUGCGGAGUACGAGAGGAACCAGCGGGACGGGCUUCAUGAGAAGAACCCUGUGCGUAACUUCUUGGAUGACCCGCGCCGCAGUGGCCCCUUCCAGGACGCCGAUCGUAAGGAGGGGAGCCGGCGACAUGUCAGAAAUUGGGGGGGGACCGAUUUCCACAGGGUCAAGGCAGGGAUGGAGCGUGAGAAGACCUGGCAGGGCCCCGGACGCUGUUCCAGCCUGAAAGCUGGGGGGCCGCUGGACAUGACGCUCUCCAUGACGGGUCGGGAGCGAGCCGAAUACGUCCGCUGGAAGAAAGAACGGGAACAAAUUGAUCAGGAACGCCUGGCGCGGCACCGCAAACCCACUGGGCAGUGGCGGCGGGAGUGGGAUGCCGAGAAAUCGGACAGCAUGUUCAAGGAGGGCUCUGCGGCACUGCCCGGCUCGGAAAUGAGCGUCAGGGAGGAAAACAAGCGCCAUCCUCCCAAACCUCUCACUUUUGGGGAAUUCCUCACCCCGCAUCGCACCCAGUGGAGGAGAAAGGGCCGGGGAUGUGGCCAGGGUGCUGGGACCAAGCCCUACAGCAUGCACGAUAACCGGUGGGAGGAAAAGGAGCUGCCGGUAUUAACCGAGGAAGCCAAGAGCCGGAAGGCAGAAGAAGCGCCGAGUGGGGCCCUCCCGGAGACCCCCUGCUCCCUGAGCCCUGAGGAAGAUGAGGACCAGUGGGAGGACGUCAGUGAGGAGGAGGAGGAAGGUGGCGGUGGCGGCACCAGCCCAGGAUCAUUGAGCGAGGAUGAAGCACCCUGCAGUGCGUCCCCCAAAGCCCAACGUCCCCCCAGAGCCGGGCAGGCUGUGGCUCCCAAACUGCGUGUGCCCCCCACCACUGUGGCACCUGUCCUGGAUGGGGGGGCUGGCACCCCCCUGAGCCCCUUCUCCCCCAUGGAAGGCCACCAGCCCAUCUCAGACUGGGGCGAGGAGAUGGAUCUGGCCUCUCCCCGCAGCAGUCUGGGGGACAGUCCCCUUUCAGGUCCCACUGUCCCCAAGUCGAGAGGGGAUUCCAGAGAGACUCCAGGACUGAGCCCCGUGGAGCUGGCUGGGCCCCCCCGGGGGGUGCAGAGCCCUGCAGAGCUCCCCCAAGGGGAAGAAACGAGGCCAAACACAGAGCAAGAGGCUUUGGGGAAGCAUGAGGAGGCGGCGGGGAGCCCAGCAGAGGAUGGGAUGCAAGGUGGAGUUACGGCAUUUCCCUGCCAGCCGGAUGCGGAGGUGGCCCCUGGCGUGGUGGAGAUCGCAGACUUUGAGCGGGAUGGCCAAGUGCCCCGAUGUCCUCGAGCAGCCCCUCUGUCACCUGGGUUGCUCCCGCCGUGACCGUUACAGCUUUCUAGAGACUGUGAGCUGGCAGGAAUAACCCGGGGGGGGGGGGGUAGGAAAAAAAAGAAAAUCACCUGCCUGCACCUCCGUGGGGGGGUUCCCCAAAAUCCCUUCUGUGCCCACGGGGGAGGUGGGUUGAGCCUGGCGUCGUGGGUGUUUAGGAGCGGAGGAUGCCAGCACCGGUGGCAGCGUCAAGGGUCCCAAAAGAGUUUGGGGGCUCCAGCUGUGCACCCCCAGUUCCCAGAAGCUCCCCCCAAAGUUCCUGCCCCUGGCAGGGCACUUUGGGGUCCCCUUGUUCCCCUCUUUGUGCCCUGAAGCUGGGCAGGAUGGGUGGGCUUGACACCCCCCCCCCCCAACCCCGGGCUGCCUCAUCCCACCGGCUCUUUGUAAAAUAAACCUUGAAAACAUCUCCGCGCCUGGUCCUUGCUCACAGGGGACCCCCCUGCUUUGCUGCUGGGGUCCCCCCUUGCUCACAGGGGUCCCCCUCUCCUCUUAAGGCUGGGAAGGUGGUGGGGGGGGGGUCCUGGUACCGGCAAGGGGCUGCCCAGCAGACACUGGGGCUGGGAAGCUACCAGUGCCUGUUACCUGUUGGGGGGUUCCUGGUUUUUGGGGGUGAAAUGAGGAGCGUAGGGGCUCUGGAGGAGGCUUUGGGGUGAAAUGAGGAGUGUAAGAGCAGGAGGGCUCUCCCCUAAUCCCCACC